GGUCCAAGUUCCGAAAAUUGGUUAUUGACACCUACUGUUGGGUAAUCUAGGCGAGGAGGCCAUGUGAUUAUGCCGACAGCCCAGCAUGAAUCUGGUGGACCUGUGGUUAAUUCGUUCCCUCUCCAUGUGUCUGCUGUUACAGAGUUUUGUCCUCAUGAUACUGUGCUUUCAUUCUGCCAGUAUGUGCCCAAAGGGUUGUCUGUGUUCCCACGCUGGUGGAUUAAAUGUCAGCUGUAGCAAUGCGAACCUCAAAGAGAUUCCCAAGGAUCUCCCACCUGACACUUCUCUCCUCUACCUGGACUCCAACCAGAUAACCUCCAUCCCCAAUGAAAUCUUCAAGGACCUGCACCAGCUCAAGGUGCUUAACCUGUCAAAAAACAUCAUUGGGUUUGUGGACGAGCGAGCUUUCAAAGGCGUGGCAGGAACCUUGCAGACGCUCGAUCUUUCUGACAAUCAGAUCAAAACAGUGCAUAAGAACGCUUUCAGCAACCUGAAGGCAAAAGCCCAGAUCGCCAACAAUCCAUGGCAUUGUGACUGCAACCUUCAGCAGGUUCUGAAAAGCAUGGCGUCCAACCACGAGUCCGCCAACAGUGUCAUCUGCAAGACCUCUGUACUUGAGGAGCAUGCUGGGAGACCCUUUCUAAAAGCUGAUGCCGACCUCUGCAAUCUGCCGAAAAAGACUACAGAUUACGCCAUGUUGGUUACCAUGUUUGGCUGGUUCACCAUGGUGAUUUCAUAUGUGGUGUAUUAUGUACGACAAAACCAGGAAGACACAAGGAGGCACCUUGAAUAUUUGAAAUCACUUCCAAGCAAGCAGAUAAAGCCAGAUGAAGCAGAUGAUAUAAGUACAGUUGUAUGA